AUGACAGACGCCAUCGAUCUCACAAUUGAGUUCACCGGAGGCCUCGAACUGCUCUUCUCGGACCAACGCAAGCACAAAAUCUCAAUACCUGCCAAGGAUGCCCAAGGACAACCCGCAACCAUUGCAUUCCUGAUCCAAUGGCUAUGCGACAACCUCAUGAAGGAUCCGCGCAAAGAUAUGUUUGUCCUCGAUGAUACAGUGCGGCCUGGAGUUUUGGUUCUCAUCAACGACGCGGAUUGGGAGUUGGAAGGCGAGGAGAAAUAUGAAGUGCAGUCUAGAGAUAAUAUUGUCUUUGUCUCUACUCUGCAUGGAGGCUGA